GCGGAUUCCCCAGCUCAGCAGCUAGCUCGGCGUGCACCGCCCGGGCAUAGCAGGCAGCAGCGCGGGAGCGUCAGGUGCCCGCUGAAGUGGCAGGCGCUGGGGCUAGUGCCGGGACCCUUCCCCAACCCCCACCUUCCGGCGGAGAGCGGCGCCGGGAGACCCCAGCCUGGCUGGCGGGAGCUCUGGGACCUUCACGCAAUCAACACCGCCCCGCCCCUCUCCCCGGCAACUGCGGAAUCCGAACGCGAUCCCCGGACGGCGCCGGUUCGUGCCAGCUCUCUGGACCGCGCUAGCUGCCCCCACCGGUCCGGACGCGCGUGGAUUUCUUUCCCCGUUUCCCUCUUUUAAGUAUAAUAAAAGGGAGGGGAAAUUCGUGGAUUUUUAAAAAAUUUGUUUGCUUCUUUAAUCGGGGGGCAAUUCGCUCCCAGUUGGGAGGUGCGGCCCGGGGAGGGGCCAGGAGCGGGAACGUGCCCGGUGCUGCCCAGUCUUUGUCUGCUGCCCCCGGAUGCACAGCGAUGGGGGAAUGGACCAUCUUGGAGAGGCUGCUGGAAGCCGCGGUGCAGCAGCACUCCACUAUGAUCGGGAGGAUCCUGUUGACUGUGGUGGUGAUCUUCCGGAUCCUCAUUGUGGCCAUUGUAGGGGAGACGGUGUACGAUGAUGAGCAGACCAUGUUUGUGUGCAACACCCUGCAGCCCGGCUGUAACCAGGCCUGCUAUGACCGCGCCUUCCCCAUCUCCCACAUACGUUACUGGGUCUUCCAGAUCAUAAUGGUGUGCACCCCCAGUCUCUGCUUCAUCACAUAUUCUGUGCACCAGUCUGCCAAGCAGCGAGAACGUCGGUACUCUACUGUCUUCCUAGCCCUGGACAGAGAUCCUCCUGAGUCCAUGGGGGGUCCUGGAGGAACUGGGGGUGGGGUCAGUGGUGGGGGAAAGAGAGAAGAUAAGAAGUUGCAAAAUGCCAUUGUCAAUGGGGUGCUGCAGAACACAGAGAACACCAGCAAGGAGACGGAGCCAGAUUGUUUAGAGGUUAAGGAGUUGACUCCACAUCCAUCAGGGCUGCGCACUGCAGCAAGAUCCAAGCUUCGAAGACAGGAAGGCAUCUCCCGCUUCUACAUUAUCCAAGUGGUGUUCCGAAAUGCCCUAGAGAUUGGGUUCCUGGUGGGCCAAUACUUUCUCUAUGGCUUUAGUGUCCCAGGGUUGUAUGAGUGUAACCGCUACCCCUGCAUCAAGGAAGUGGAAUGCUAUGUGUCUCGGCCCACUGAGAAGACAGUCUUUCUAGUGUUCAUGUUUGCUGUGAGUGGCAUCUGUGUUGUGCUCAACCUGGCUGAACUCAACCACCUGGGAUGGCGCAAGAUCAAGCUGGCUGUUCGAGGGGCUCAGGCCAAGAGGAAGUCAGUCUAUGAGAUCCGUAACAAGGACCUGCCCAGGGUCAGUGUUCCCAAUUUUGGCAGGACUCAAUCCAGUGACUCUGCCUAUGUGUGAAAGGGCAGGUAUUAGGAAGGCUAAAGGGUUACAAGUUGCCACAAGACAGAUAACUGCUCAAGGUUGGAUAUAUCUGCCCUCAUAUGUAAGAUGUAGGAUAAAGCUGGUUAACAGAAGAUCUUGCAUCAAAAGGAGAGGAGAAAAAGCAGAAGCGUUAUCACAUCAUCAUUAGCACUGGUUCCACAUAGGCACUUGGGUAGGGUGAUGAAUGGAUGAGUUGGAUUUCUUUGGGACCUUUCAUUCUAUGGCCCUUCUUGAUCCCGAUAACGGUGGACUUGCACAGCUACUGAAUAGGACUUAGCUCUGCUGAGCUCCAUUCUGGUGAAUGGCAUGAGUUAAACUUUGUGACCUAUCUCAACAUAUCCCUUUAUCCUGGGCUGCAGGACAAAUAUCCUGGAAGAUCCUUCAUGUAUCUCCCCUAUCCAUCAGCAUGCCCCUUUUCCUCAACCCAGGAUAGCAUGCCAGCUUUUUUUCUGAACCUGGCCUUACAUUAGACCUAAUAUGGUUUAUCUGCAAGCUAGAGGGAAUUACAUGGGGUGCUUUUUUGGAAACUGGCCAUGGCAGAGGUUUUCACUAGAGCCCAACUGAUUGGCUCUUAGUCAUUAAGAAAACCUUAGGAAUGUCUCAAUAUUUCCAAUUUUCUAACUCAAAUUGCACUGGUGCUGUUUAUUAGGGGUGGGGGAUGGGCGGGCGGGUGGGAAUUGCAAUAUGCAACUACAACACUUUUGUGAGAUGGUUGUUGCACGGUAAGGCAUGUGUUUAUGAGCUUUGGGAUACUUCUGCCUUCCAGCUUGUGGACUUUAGGUAGCAGUAAAAGUAUUUGUUGUUGUUAAUAUUGACGGUGUCUACCCAAGCCACAUAAUUUCUAACUAGUGUAUCUUACCCAUUUUCUUACAUAGUUUUGUUGUGCAAUGCAGAUGCACAUCAUUUUGCCAUGGUUUGAAUUUACCUGUGUGCUCACACCAGAGACCUUAAUCAGCCCGUGUCAAUCCCAACUUAUUAUUUUAUCACUUAUUUUUGAAACACACACACCUACACAAUCCCUCGGCCUAAAAUACCUGAAACUAAACACUAUUGGCUAACACGUGUUUACGGAUGCUUAUUUGAGACAUAUACCAAAGGUUCUGAAACCUAUUGCUUUGGACUGUGAAUAUGUUUCUUUCUCUUUGCUCUUAUUUAUUUAAGUGCCAUACUGUACCUUUCACAUCCACUGUGUAUUUGGUUAAAGCAUUGGCCAAGAGUAAUAUUUGGAUAACGUGCUUUGAAGAAGCCCACUGUUUCCUUUGAAUUAUCAUUAUCAUUUUUGAUUUAGAUAUGGACAUGGUGUAAUAUACAACUGAGGACUUGUUUAAAAUAAAGUUCUUGCCUUUUUUUGUAAAA